GUUUCGAAGGCGGACAACAGUGCAAUUGUGAGAUUAGGGUUAGCCCUUCGGGAAGGAGCACAAGACUCCUCUGAGUCCGGGCACAAAAGCACAAGACCCCUCCGAUACUGGGCACAAGGGGUGUCACGCAGACUUCGCAAUUCUGCCCGCGCGACGUUGCUGACGACGAGAGGAAGGCGGAGGUUGGACCCAGUUGGUGGCCGGGACAGAAUCGGUGGAACGAUGUGCGAGCAUCAUGAAGUCAUUCGUCCUACAAUUAGUCUUACUCAUUCAGAGGUGUUUCAGAGAUCAUUUCAGAUAUUGUAUGUUCUUUGAUUCCGGAACUCCUGAGAACUCUUCCCCAAUGUAUGCUGGGGGCUUUAGUGAAAUUAUACGGGUGAUUUAUUCUCUGCAGAUUGGUGGGAAAUAUAGAAGGGAUUUCAGACCCAAAUUUUCUGCAUGAGUAAUGUUCGCACGUGAUCUAUGAAGCGGAAUUUUGCUGUAAUGAGAUACUGCGAAGGUGAUUAAGAUGGGCACAAUACUUUCAACCCUAGCUAAGGAAUUGUUGAGUACGAGGGUUUUAGAGAUGAUUUUCUGAGGAUUCAGAUAGUCUAUCGAUGCAGAUGGGGACUAUGUUGUGGCCAGCUCAUCUUUGUUGACCUACCGAAGAGGUGGCGUCCCGGUGGAGCGCUAUGCUAUCCAGAUUGCUCCCAAACGCACUGCAUGCUGGGCUCAAGCAGUAUGAAAUCGACUCAGAUUGCAGCGCGGAAACCUCUAAUGAGAGGUCAUGGCGUUUUUAUGAUUUUUAUGACAGAAGGUUUGGCUUACGGCGAUGGAAACAAGUACUUCAAAAUUACCAUGUUGGGGCAAUGACCAGCAUCGUUUACAACGAUGGUUUUGCCUCCACAGGAAAGGAACUAGACGGCCCUACAUCUGUAAGUGGGGGGGAGGUUUGGAGGUUAUGCAAGGCAGGGCGUUUGAGGGAAGCUAUUCAAUUGCUUGGAAUAAUAAAGCAACGUGGCUUACUAGUGAAUUCAAACACCUAUGGAUGUGUCAUUGAGCAUUGUGCCAAAGCAAGGCGUUUUGAAGACGGAAAGAUGGUUCACAAGCAGUUGGAUGAGCUUGGCGUAGAAAUUGAUAUUUACCUUGGUAAUAGUCUCAUAAAUUUUUACAGUAAAUUUGAGGAUGUCGCCAGUGCAGAGCAGGUCUUCAGGAGGAUGACACUGCGAGACGUGGUUACUUGGAGUUCUAUGAUAGCUGCUUACGCUGGUAAUAAUCACCCAGCUAAGGCUUUUGACACGUUUGAACGCAUGACAGAUGCCAACAUCGAGCCCAACAGGAUUACGUUUUUAAGUAUCCUUAAAGCUUGUAAUAACUAUUCGAUUCUGGAGAAGGGUAGGAAAAUUCAUACCAUUGUAAAGGCCAUGGGGAUGGAAACUGACGUCGCAGUGGCAACUGCACUAAUCACUAUGUAUUCCAAGUGUGGAGAAAUCUCCGUCGCGUGCGAAGUUUUUCAUAAGAUGACGGAACGUAACGUGGUCUCAUGGACGGCAAUUAUACAAGCGAAUGCGCAGCAUCGCAAGUUAAAUGAGGCAUUUGAGCUGUAUGAGCAGAUGUUACAGGCUGGGAUCUCACCGAAUGCUGUCACGUUUGUAAGUUUGCUCAAUUCGUGUAACACACCCGAGGCUUUAAAUCGGGGAAGAAGGAUCCAUUCUCAUAUCAGCGAAAGAGGUUUGGAGACGGACAUGAUUGUGGCAAAUGCGUUGAUCACCAUGUAUUGCAAGUGUAACAGUGUCCAGGAAGCUCGGGAAAUUUUUGAUCGGAUGAGCAAACGAGAUGUUAUUUCAUGGAGUGCCAUGAUUGCUGGAUAUGCACAAAGUGGUUACAAAGAUAAGGAGUCUAUUGACGAGGUCUUCCAGCUUCUUGAACGCAUGCGACGAGAAGGUGUAUUUCCUAAUAAAGUAACGUUUAUGAGUAUUUUAAGAGCUUGCACUGCACACGGAGCUCUUGAACAGGGUCGUCAAAUUCACGCAGAAUUAUCGAAAGUGGGCUUCGAGUUGGAUAGGUCUUUGCAGACUGCAAUUUUCAACAUGUACGCCAAAUGUGGCAGUAUUUAUGAGGCAGAGCAGGUUUUCAGCAAGAUGGCAAAUAAGAACGUAGUUGCCUGGACCUCAUUUCUGAGCAUGUAUAUCAAGUGUGGAGAUCUUUCUUCGGCAGAAAAAGUGUUUAGUGAAAUGCCGACCCGGAACGUAGUAUCUUGGAACUUAAUGAUAGCUGGAUAUGCUCAAAAUGGAGACAUUGUCAAGGUUUUUGAGCUUCUUUCUAGCAUGAAAGCAGAAGGGUUUCAACCAGACAGAGUAACUGUAAUCACGAUACUUGAAGCUUGUGGGGCACUCGCGGGGUUGGAGAGAGGGAAGCUGGUCCAUGCUGAGGCCGUGAAGCUGGGGCUUGAAUCUGAUACCGUUGUUGCUACAUCUCUCAUAGGAAUGUAUUCCAAGUGUGGUCAAGUCGCUGAAGCUCGAACUGUGUUUGACAAGAUGUCAAACCGCGAUACAGUUGCUUGGAAUGCCAUGCUCGCUGGGUAUGGUCAACACGGGGACGGUCUAGAAGCAGUGGACCUUUUUAAACGCAUGCUCAAAGAACGUGUCUCUCCGAAUGAAAUCACUCUCACAGCUGUAAUUUCCGCUUGUAGUCGUGCAGGUCUUGUGCAGGAGGGCCGCGAAAUAUUUCGCAUGAUGCAAGAGGACUUUAAAAUGACGCCAAGGAAACAACAUUACGGUUGCAUGGUUGAUCUUCUUGGCCGAGCUGGAAGAUUGCAAGAAGCAGAGGAGUUCAUUCAAAGCAUGCCUUGCGAACCAGACAUUUCAGUUUGGCAUGCUCUACUUGGUGCGUGCAAGUCCCAUAACAAUGUGCAGCUUGCCGAGCGGGCAGCCCAUCACAUUCUUGAAUUGGAGCCAUCUUACGCCAGCGUGUACAUAACUCUUUCCAAUAUUUAUGCGCAAGCUGGACGAUGGGAUGACUCCACAAAGGUGAGGAGAGUGAUGGACGACAGAGGCUUGAAGAAAGACCGUGGCGAAAGCUCAAUAGAAAUCGAUGGUAGAAUACACACUUUUGUGGCUGAGGAUUGCGCGCACCCGGAAAUAGAUGCUAUUCAUGCUGAGCUUGAGACGCUCACAAAGGAAAUGAAGGAGGCUGGAUACACGCCAGACAUGAGGUUUGUCUUGCAUGAUGUGGAUGAUGUGCAGAAAGAGAAGGCCUUGUGUCACCACAGUGAGAAGCUGGCCAUUGCAUAUGGCUUACUCAAAACACCUUCUGGGACCCCUAUUCGUAUCAUGAAGAAUCUUCGUGUCUGCGGUGAUUGUCACACAGCAACCAAGUUCAUCUCUAAGAUUAGGAAGCGGGAAAUCGUCGCCAGAGAUGCUAACCGGUUUCAUUAUUUCAACAAUGGAACAUGCUCUUGUGGGGAUUUUUGGUAACAGAAGCUAUUCUUUUAACUCUUUCAAGCAUUUUCAGAGAGUCUCUUGCCGUUUUCUCCAAGGAUACGGGCUUCUUGCCCUGUUAGUGCUGUUUAUGCAGAUCUUACAUUGGCGUGAUGCAUAUUUGCUCUUUCUUUACAGUGAAAUGCAGUUGGAUAUUGCAAGGAGCAUAGUGUGAUAAUGACCUGUAAAUGUGGAAGUAGUAGCUUCCACGUAUGAAAUACCAAAAUUAUCCAGAUAAAAUGUAGCAUAAACGUACAGCAUACCAUCAGAGUCAAUUUGAUUGUUUAGAUCAUUUAUGC